AUGAAAUUCGAUAAUGAAAUACUGAGAUCUCAUGAUGAACUUCUAGAUCAAAUACAAGUAUUGGAAAAAUCCAAUCAUUUGUCAUGGAAUCUUUUCGCUCAAAUUGAACAAUGGAAGAAAACAACAAUCAACAAAGUAGAAAUAGCAGCAGAACGAGAUCGUCUUGAACUUACCAAACUCAUUAAUAAACAAAGAAUAGCAAUCACAAAACAACCUAAAGCAAUUACAAAAGAAGUUCGGCGUCAUCGAGAAGAAGAAAAUUUUGUUGAAAAUGAUAUUAAUCAGCUCCAAGCAAAACUCCAAGAAACCCAACGAACAAUUGAACAAUUCAUUCAAAAAGAUACUAGUGAAACUCUUAUUGUUGAUAAUGAUCAAAUCAAUUGGAAUCGAAUCAUUUACAUCCGAGAAGAUCAACAAAAUUGUAAGUAUAUUGAACCAAAUGUAUAG